GCAUAGUUGCUACUCAAUCAUGCCUCCAAAAGAGACCGGGCUGAUGCCAGACAAUUUCUCCACGGUUUUCUCUCGCUUUUCUCAUGACAACGUAGCAGAGUUGAAAGAAGCCUUUUUUAUUCUGGACUCGAGCGGCAGCGGCACUGUCAGUUCGGCGGAAGUACGAAAUCUCUUCUGCUCGAUUGUUCCCAACCUUGGCGAUGUCGGUUUCGACCGCCUUCUCGCGGCGUGUCACUUCGAUCCAGAGGAGCCUGUGACUUUUGCGCAAUUCCUGGUACUGCUAUUGAAAUUGUCUUCAAAUACGGAGUUUGGAGUCGCCGCCAACAAUGACAACGUGGCUGCGCUCUACGCUGCAUUCGCGCCUUUUGAUCCAGAAGAUUCUGGGUUUGUAGAUUCAAGCGUCUUUCUUUAUUUGAUGGGCGAAAAGGGACAAAAGCUGUCAGCGAGCGAACUGGAUGAACUCCGCCUGCGAUUAGAGAGAACAGGUUUCAUGAAGAGAAGUAGAGUUAACUACAAAGGCUUCAUCAAUAAUUUGCUUGCCACCACAGCCGACAGAAAGUACAUAUGA